GAGGAUUUCUUGCAACAUAUGAUGGAUGCCCGAGAUGCUAGCAUUGUAGCCACGGAUGAAGUAACACGGAAUGACGAGAAGCUCUUUGACCUUGAAUCGGAGACGAAGCCUUUCACUAGAGCAGCUAAAGGCUUAACCGAAGACGAGGCCAUGGCUCAGUGCAUUGUCUUCUUUGUCGCUGGUCAAGACACGACGUCAUCUGUUAUCUCCCAGACACUCUACCUCCUUGCGCUGCAUCCCGAGAUUCAAGCGAAGCUCAGAGAAGAAGUGGAUGAUUGUUUCGAGCGGCAUGGACCAGAGCCAAGCCUGGAUGUUGUUUCCAAGCUCAAGUACCUCCACGGGGUGGUGUCCGAAUCAAUGAGAAUGUUUCCUCCCGGACCUAGGUUGGAGCGGUCUGCUCUCAAUGACUACGUUCUGGGUGAGACCGGAAUCACAGUACCUAAAGGCUGCUUGGUUGCCGUGCCCGUCUAUUCCAUGCAUCAUGACCCGGACAACUUCCCCGAUCCUGCCACGUUUGACCCAAACAGGUUCAGUGAUGAAAACAUGGGCAGUAUUCGGCCGUACACAUACCUUCCCUUUGGAGCAGGACCUCGAAACUGCAUCGGCAUGAGGUUCGCCCUCCAGGCCGUCAAGCUGUCCCUCCUGUACUCCGUUCACAGUGUCCAAUUCGUUCGUACAGAAAACACACAGAUGCACCUUGACUUUGCUGGUGGGUUGGGGGUACUCAGACCCAAGCACAUCACAAUCGGAAUAAGGAAGAGAACUGCGAAAAACAUUUAUACUUCUGACUUAUGUUCCUGUUGA